CCUCGCUUUUCGUCCAACUACGUAUACACUCCUCUUUUCUCAGCAGGACUCACGACUGCUACUGCUGCCUCGAACCCGCCGCCAUUUGCGCAUCUACUCAGCACAGCACUCCUGUCCUCGAUUGUGUCUGCUCUCCAGUCGCAAUUCGGCCCUCGGCCACCCCGCCAACCCCCACACUGCGAUUUCGCACCGCCCACUGCCGAUUGCUGUAGCCGAGUCCAUCGCCUUGCACAUCGCACUCCCCCAGAGAGCGGGCAUUAUCACCGACCCAAUUGCGCACGAAAUCACGCCUGAGCCCCUGAGCAGUUGCCGACGCCUCGCAAAAUGCCCUCCACGGGCGAGAGCACCCCAAGCAGGGAGUGGCCGCAGGAGACGGCCGAACUCCCUCCCUUUUACUCGCCUCGGUCGCAUCCCGUCCAAGACAGCGACCUCGAAACCCACGCCUCCCGCCUCGUCCGCGAAGAUCUCUCCCUCUCCGGAUCUCCAGCCGUGGCGUCAUCUACCACAUCCUCGUCUCAUGCACUGUCCGAAGCAUCCUCAGACCAUGACACCCAAUUGCCACCGCCUUCACUGUUGUCACCAGCUUUCACGCCGCCGCAGACGCCCGGCACCGCCACACCGACGACGGAGCGACCCCGCGCUGUGCCCGUAGACUCAAGCAUCCCGUCCGGCGGGUGCGGCAACAAGCGGCCUCGCCUUCUUCCGACCCUGCCAGAGGUACAAUGUAUCGUCCGUGCCCGCAUUCCGACCGUUGCUGGAACCGAGAUGUUUCUGCAUCUGUACACAAACAAUGUCGACAACAAGGAGCACCUCGCCAUUGUGUUUGGUCCUCAUAUACGCAGCAAGUCGUUGGAUGCGCCACGAGAAGGCGAGACAGAAAUGGAUCGCAUGAUCAGAGGUGCUUACACAGGCCGCCUGUUUCCUGGACGGACGAAAAGUGGCAUGAUGGCCAGCUCUGGCACGAGCGGUCAAACCGAUGAAGAUCCCGAUACGCCAACGGGACCGCCCCUCGUGCGCAUCCACUCGGAAUGUUAUACCGGCGAGACUGCGUGGUCCGCUCGCUGUGACUGCGGCGAGCAGCUCGACGAGGCGGCCAGGCUCAUGUCGCUGCCAAGCAACAAGAACGGCGGCAUAGUCAUCUACCUCCGGCAGGAAGGCAGGGGAAUAGGUCUCGGAGAGAAGCUCAAGGCCUACAAUCUGCAAGAUCUGGGGUCUGACACAGUCGAGGCAAACCUGCUGCUGAGGCAUCCCGCGGAUGCGCGGAGCUAUGGUCUGGCGACAGCAAUGCUACUCGACCUCGGCCAGGAGGAGAUUCAGUUGCUGACGAACAACCCGGAUAAGAUCCGGGCCGUCGAGGGCCCAAAUCGCGAAGUGCGAGUGACAGAGAGAGUGGCCAUGGUACCGUUGAGCUGGAAGGGCAAGGGGGGUUUCCGUAGCAAGGAGGUGGAAGGAUAUCUGAAGACAAAGAUUGAGAAGAUGGGACACAUGUUGGAGAUGGGCGGCAUGCCUUCAUAGGCAUGACUAGACAGCACUAUAUCGAUCAGUGUCCUGUCUUGUAUAUUCACAAAAUCUUGGAAUUGCUCGUUCCAGCCAAACCCAUAUAACGGAAUGUCGUCUUGUUCACAGUCUCAGGCUAAAGUUCGCAUAUUCCCAAUGCAAUCAUGAGUACAGUUGAAUCCUGUCGUAUUGGCUGCUAUAAGUGAACGCAAUAAUGGCUCGGACGAUUCAAUCAGAUCCAUCUAUCUCUGAUACAAAUAGCAAAGCGCGGCAACGAGCCACACGGCUAACAUCGUACGGAGUAAUAAUCACUUUUGAUUUUGUCCAGCGAGGCGACAGAGCUCGGCGGCCGAUGACUUAAUAGCCGACCCCACAUGCAAGGGUCCCGUGUGGGGCCACUGUGAGGGUCCAG